CCAAUCUGAAAGCAGACCUUUAUAGUUCUACGGACGGAUGGGCCGAAAAAGAUAGACAGAAAAAUAUCAGAGACGUGGUGUCCGGGGAUGUGCGUGCCUCCUGGUCUGAAAUUUUCUCCCUCCCUCCUCCUUCUUUCUCUCCGUCUCUGUGUCACUGACACGCAGCCCAGGGAGAAGAUGGGAAACAACUGUUCAUGACCUAGUACGCUGGUGUGUUUGGUUUUCCAUUCAUUCCCUCAUUUCACCUCGUUUUAGUGGAACUGGAUCGAUAAACUCUUAAGGGCAGGCCGACGGAAUAGCACCAAAUCAACACGCAUCGAUUCUUUACUGGAUAAAAAGGGCAAUCAGACAGGCGGGCUAUAGGGUGAUCGCUCCCGACUUCUGUGCGCACAUGCAGGCGGUCGGCGACGCACAAGCCUGGCUACAUGUGUGCGCAUUGGCGGUCGUCGCUGAACUUUAAACUUCAAAUUAAUCUGGAUAUUGUUCUAAUAGCUUGCAGAGAGAGGGUAGUGUGAGGCAGGACGAUUUUGGGAUCAAGAUUACACUAGCAAUGUUUUGCUGUGGUACCGUCUCCACACGUGGUCGCAUCCGCUUAAUGUGACAGGGGACGGGGGUGUUAUAGCAGCCACCACCGGCCACUCAGCUGGCGUGGACGCCGACAGAAGUUGUCGACGCACGGUGGAGGAAACCGGCUCGUCCUUGGCGGCGCUGGAGCAACCGGAGUAGGGGACGCUGAGGAAUGCGGAUCCGAGAUUUUGACUUCUCAAGAUCACCUGCGGAACUCUUCGCAGUUUACACCAAACCGACCUUCAGUGAGCCUGCCGGGCGCCAUGCUGAGGCAGAUCCUCCUGAACUCUACCGACUCCCCGGACUUCAACCUGGUGCUGAUGGCCCAGUCCACAACGCACGCACCUUCCUCCCUGAACUCCUCCAACAGCGGCUCGGUGAGCGUGGCUGCCCUUCUGAGACCCACCACGGGAAGGGGCGGGGGCGGAGGGGGGCUUCGGGAGGGCGAGCUGCACAAACCAGACCUGAUCACCUACAUAGUCAUGUGCCUACUGCUUUUCCUGCUGGUCCUGCUGAUUGUGUUCUUCAUCAACUGCCAGCUGCGGAACUCCUUCUUCGCCUCCAUGCCAUAUGACAGGUCACUGAGAGAGGCCCGGACCUCCUACAAAUAACUACCCCAGGGGGACAAACCUCUGGAAAUCAUGUUGUUUAGUUAACUUCUGGUGCACAAUUGCUGGAUCCCUAAUCUGGAAUAUAAUCAGUUAUGAUAGAUGCUGCCCACAGGCCUGAAAUUGACAUGUAGAAACACUUCAGAGUGCUCUGACAGGUGGAAAAAUUAAAGACGGACUUCAGAAAUUGUUAAUGACUCACAGGCCUGUACAUUCUGCUAACCUAAAUAAUGAACCAUGAAACAAUCCUCUUCCACGAUUCACCAACAGCUCUCUACAAAACGGAAGCCAAUUUUUUCCAGGAUCCUCAUUCCAGUUAGUCGUUCCAGCAUUAACUCAUCAAACUGCUAACAACUCUGACAUGGCGCCGGCACUUUGCAUUACAGAACUGAGCCUUGGGCCUGCUUUUCUUCAUGAAAACAUGACUCGCAAUGUGUCAUAAUAGAAACUACUGUUGUAGUCUGUACAAAAUAAUUUUGUAAUACUGUAACUUCACUGUGUUGUCUUGUGAGGCAAUUAGGAUACAAUCUGAAACCUUUUUUCAAUUGUAAAUUGAUCAAAUGACAGAUUAUAGUGGCUAUAUAUCGUUGCAUAAAGAUACUGAAAUGUC